CAUGCAAGCUAUUUGAUCGUGCAUGCAUGGGUGCAAGGGUCGGGGGUCAGUUCGACGCCGUGAAGAUGACCGGGAACACCCCGCCGCGGAAGGGCCGAAGCACGGUCGCCUCAGGCGGCGGCGGCGGCGGCGUCGAGGAGGCGUGGCUGGUGGCGGAGGCGCCGGUGAAGAAGUCCCACGCGAGGGCGGCGGAGUGUGGCGUCACCGUCCGCUUCGGCCACCGCGGCCACUUCAACUGGUUCGUGCUGCUGCUGCUCGUGCUGUUCAUCGUCCUCGCCGUCUCGAUCACCAGCAACAACGACGGCAGCGACGGCCACGAGCAGCGGGAGGCGGCGACGACCGUACCGCCGCCGCCCGCCGAUGACCCCGCCGACGGCGAGCAGGUUGAACUUGUGGGCGAGUGCGACAUGUCCUCCGGCCGGUGGGUGUACGACGACGUGGCGUACCCGCUGUAUGAGGAGAGCGCGUGCAAGUUCAUGUCGGAUCAGUCGGCGUGCGGCAAGUUCGGGAGGACGGAUCUCAAGUACCAGCACUGGAAAUGGCAACCGCACGGCUGCGACCUUCCCAGGUUCGACGCGGCGCGGCUGCUCCGGCGGCUGCGCAACAAGCGGCUGGCGUUCGUCGGAGACUCGCUGAACCGGAACCAGUGGAUAUCCAUGGUCUGCCUCAUCGACACCGCCACACCGACGCUGCACAAGUCCAUGGCCGGCGGCAACACCUCGCUCGUCUCCUUCAAGAUACAUGAGUACAACGCGUCGGUGGACUUCUACUGGUCGCCGCUGCUGGUGGAGUCCAACUCGGACGACCCGGUGCACCACCGGGUCGCCGACCGCGCCGUGCGCGCCGGCUCCAUCGCCAGGCACGCCAGGCGCUGGGACGACGCCGACGUCCUCGUCUUCAACUCCUACCUCUGGUGGCGCCGCCCCACCAUGAAAGUCCUGCGGGGAUCGUUUGAGGCGGCGGCAAAUGCGGCGGCGGAGGGCGCGCACCGGGCGGCGUACGAGGUGACCGACAGCCUGCGGGCAUUCGAGCUGUCGAUCAGGACAUGGUCGGAGUGGCUCGAGCUCCACGUCGACCGCGCCCGCACCCAGCUCUUCUUCACGAGCAUGUCGCCGACGCACCUCCGCUCGGACGAGUGGGAAGCCGGCGACGAUGGAGCCAGCACUAACCACCAGUGCUACAACGAGACGGAGCCGAUCCUGGCGGAGGGGCACCGCGGGCGGGACACGGACCCGGCGUUCGCGCGCGCGGUGGAGGCGGAGGUGGCGCGGCUGGCGGAGCGCGGCGUGGCGGUGCGGGUGCUCAACGUGACGCAGCUGUCGGAGCACCGCAAGGACGCGCACCCGUCGGUGCACCGGCGGCAGUGGAGCCCGCCCACGGCGGCGGAGCAGGCGGCGCGGGCGCGCGACCCCAGCAGCGGCGCCGACUGCAUCCACUGGUGCCUCCCCGGCGUGCCCGACGUCUGGAACCAGAUGCUCUACGCGCACAUGGCGUCCUGACCAACGAAUUGAACUAGUAGUACGCGGUAGGAUGAUGAUUGCCAGGCGAGCCGAAGUGGUUCUGCAGUUCCAUUUUGUUUUAUCCAUAAAUUUUGGGUGUUACGAUGAUGUGCAAAUGUCAGGCCUUUCAUAUUUUUGGUCCGAAA